UUCAUCUAGAAGCUUGGCACUGAGCAUUGUGUCAACCGCUCCCGAGAGAUACGAAUGUCAUGUCUAUAUAGGAACCAUGGACCGGGUCAGGGACAAUGCAGCCUCAUCCGAUCUUUUUCCGUUGUUUGUCGUUCUCUUGACGGCUGAGCAACGAUGUCGCUGACCCCCCGUCACAUCCAGAACCUCAGCGAGGCCGCUGGUAUCAAGGACUACUGGGGCUACGUGGAGCGCGCCGUUCCCUGCACCAACGAUCCGGGCUCUUGCGCCUAUCUCGAUGUUGUGUACCACAGCCAUGAGCUUGGAAUGCUCUACUCUGGCAUCCUCUGGGCGACUAUCGGCGGGAUUCUUCUCUCAUGGGCCAUUGGACGACACUUCUUCCGCUCGGAGCCGUCUGGGGUGCAAUUACCAGUUGAGGCAGGAGAGCAAGUCAACCAGAGCAAAAGCACACUUGCGCGACUGCAACAGGCCAUUCCGUCAUACCUACGACGAUAUCUGCUCCCAGAUGCUGCAAGAUCAGUCUUUGGCCGCGUAAACCGUACACAGGUUCUCACUCUGGUCGUCCUCACCGGUUAUCUCGCCAUCUUCUCUUUUGUCGGCAUUGUCUAUGACACAUGGAUCACUCCCGUCAAGAAAUCCCCCGGUGUUUACAACACCAGAACCAGUCUUGGACCUUGGGCCGAUCGCGUGGGCGUUUUGGCCUAUGCUUUGACACCACUAUCCAUCAUGUUGGCCAGCCGCGAAUCGAUUUUGUCGCUUGUGACUGGACUGCCCUACCAAAGCUUUAACUUUCUCCACCGCUGGCUCGGUUACAUCAUCUUUGCGCAAUCAGUCCUUCAUACCAUCGGCUGGACUGUCAUUGAGGUUCGCUUGUAUCAGCCCCAGCCCACGGUUGCUAUCGCAUGGAUCACUCAGCUUUACAUGAUCUGGGGCAUCGUUGCCAUGAUACUUCUCCUAUUGAUGGUCGUCUUGUCCACGCCAUGGGGCAUCCGACUCACCGGUUACGAGUUCUUCCGAAAGUUCCACUACCUGGUAGCCAUGAUCUACAUUGGAGCUUGCUGGGGUCACUGGGCGCAGUUGAAGGUCUUCCUACUCCCAGGGCUGAUCGUCUGGUUCCUUGACCGUGCGGCUCGAGGCGUUAGGACUGCAUUACUGCACUACAACUUCCUACCCUCAGGCCACAUGGGAUUCCGCGCCGCACCGGCAGACAUCAUGUUCUUCGAGGAUGAGACAAACGGCGAUGUUGUACGUCUGGAUUUUGAUCAUCCACAUGAUGCCUGGGACGUUGGUCAGCACUUCUACCUCAUGUUCCCGGAAAGCAGCAUCUGGCAGUCGCACCCCUUCACCCCACUCAGCCUCCCAGUUUUUGGCGCCGACUCUCAACGUCACUCGUACAUCUUCCGCGCAAAGAAGGGGGAGACACGCAAGAUCGCCGAGCUAUCUGCCAAGCGCGUCGCUCGCAUGGGCGAUCACGAAAAGUCUAACGAAAAUCUAAUGGGAGACGCCAGACUCUCAGUCGUACUCACCGGUCCCUACGGGGAACGCACGCUUCAAGGUCUCCCAAGCGAUUCGAACAUCCUCUGCAUAGCCGGUGGCACAGGAAUUACAUACGUCCUCCCAGUUCUCCUCGACAUGGCCUCCCGACCCCAAAACCCUGACCGCCACAUGUCCCUCGUAUGGUCAGUACGACGAAGAAGCGAUAUUGAUUGGAUCGCACCCGAACUCGCGGUCUUGAAGGCCAAGUGCAGGAACCUACGGACCCGCAUUCAUAUCUACGUUACCCGCGCUGCAGAAGAGGAGGAUCCGUCCGUACCAUCUAAAUCCGAGAAGGGUAACAAGGGCGGGUGCUGUAGUAACGACAAGGAGAUCGAGCCGGUAUCCUCCUCCACAUCCUCGAGUGCCUCCGCCUCCUCUGUAAUAUCCAUGCACGGUGUGUCCAAGGCAGAAGUUGGUCUAAACCACUACCAAGCGCGGCCGGAUCUCGCGACGAUGGUGACAGAAUUUGUUGCGGGGACCGUGCGGGGCAGGACAGAUGUGUUUGCUUCUGGCCCUGGUGGCAUGAUCAGCGAUCUGAGGAGUAUAGUAGCGAGCAGCAACAGGGGUGGAGAGGUCUGGAAGGGCGAGGAGAGGUGGGAUGUCCGUUUGAUUAGCGAUGACCGGCUGGAGUGGUAGUUUUUACGUUUGAUACCCAUGAUGAAUUUUACUCACGUUCAAUAUGACCCUGCUUCUUGUGUAUUAUUCUGGGUGUGUAGAGAGUUGUCAGAAUCUACCCGCGGGUGUGUGUUGCUAGAUGAGGUUGUCGACUGCCCAUUCUUAGAUCAAAACCAAGGCUGUAAGUUCCCUUGUCUUUCAGAGCCUGGUAAAGUACCUAUCCAUUAAUAAUAAAUUACAAGCAUCAGUUGUAUGUAGAGCGAGACAAAU